AUGAUCCAGCUAAAUGCCAAGGCGGAGAUAAUUUGCUCAUUGUGCCCGUCGCCGGUCCAGCUACACCUGGAGGAAUUACAGCUGGAUACCGGUACGCGCGCGGCUGCUGGUCGGAGCCAGGCGGCCAAAGCUUCUGAACAGGUCCGGCUGGAGUUCUAACCAAAUACUGGAGUACUAAGCAACACCCAACAGUCAGGUGUUUCUGAGGAUGAGCCGAGGUUCACUUAUGAUGGAGUUAGCGCAAAAGUCGCUCUGGAAGGUUCAACCCGGUGUAGUGAAAAUGAGAGAGCGAAGCGGUCCCGAACCUCCAUGUUUAGCGAGAGCCUGAGGACAGGUGGCCCCGGUUAG